AUGACUUCUAGACGCGCUUUUCACGCUGGGUCAUGGUACUCGGAUAGUAAUCAGACCUUAACAAGACAGCUAGAUGACUGGCUAGCACAGGUACCUGAUACCCUGGACAAUGUGGGUUCACUGCCAGUCUCGGGGGCCCGGAUCAUUAUAGCACCACACGCAGGUUAUUCUUACUCCGGGCCUUGUGCAGCGUACGCAUACAAAGCACUCGAUCUGUCCAGGGCUAAACGCAUCUUUGUCCUUGGUCCAUCUCACCAUUAUUCGCUCUCAACUCUAGCCCUUCCGCAGGUCAAAUCCUACUACACGCCACUUUCGAACGACCCUCUCCCACUAGAUACCGAACUGAUCGCCAAGCUUCAGAACACGCACACAACCAAGCCAAAUGGAUCCAAAGUCGGCUUUACAACCAUGUCCCAGUCUGUGGAUGAAGAAGAGCACAGCAUCGAGAUGCAUCUCCCCUACAUCCAUCGCCUCCUCCAGCUGCAAUACCCUGACACCCCAACAGCUCAAUAUCCCCCACUAGUCCCAAUAAUGGUCGGCAGCACCUCUCCAACCACAGAACAAGCGUUCGGUGCCAUUCUAGCUCCUUACCUAGCUGAUCCAGAGAACGUAUUCGUCAUCAGUUCGGAUUUUUGCCACUGGGGCCUCCGUUUCCGCUACACAUACUACGUCCCAGAGGCCCCAAAACCGGGGCCUGACCUUCCUUUGUCCAGUGACACUCUCCCACAGCCAGGACAGGCACAUGAUGACGUUCUUGAGAGCAUCGCGUCCGUCUGCACAGGACAUGCCCUGCGGCGCGGGGAUCGCAUCUCUAGCAAAGAGCCCGCGAUCCACGAGAGUAUAUCGGCUUUUGACCUUGCCACUAUGACAGCCAUUACCACAGGGUCGGCGAGUACAUUCCUGAAUACAAUUGAGCGGACCGGAAACACGGUCUGUGGUCGCCAUCCUAUUGGCGUUAUCAUGGCUGCGCUGGAGAUCGUGACAGCAGACCUACCGGAAUCGAAGCAAGGCCUCUUCCACUUUCUGAGGUAUGAGCGUAGCUCAGAUGCAGUAGACGUGAACGACAGCUCUGUGAGCUAUGUUUCGGCUUUUGCGGCUCUCUAG